AUGAGCCGUUUUACUGAAGCCGAACUUCAGCAGGGAAUGGAUAGAGUCAGAGAGUGGGAGGACGUGUUGAGUGCAUCCAAGACACUUGAGAAGUAUUUGAUUCCGAGGGAAGAGUGGAUUAUGGAUUCUUUUGAGCAUAUAUUGCAGAAAUUCGGCUACGUGCGUUUCUACAUUUCCGUGAUGGCUAUUGGAAUUAAUACCGGAAGUGAUCUCAAUAAACUGCUCACACUCGAGCAGCAGAUCGAAGCGUUGGGAAAACUCAUCGAGUGUCUGGAAGAAGAUUUGAAGGCAAAUCCGAGUAAUGAAGUCGGAAUCAAAAGAGCCAUCAUGAUAGCCCAAGUAGGUAUCUUAAAAGCGAAUAAAUCAAGGAACGUCAACGAAAUCGAUUUGUGGAGGGAUAUUAAAAUUGUGGUGGUUGUGCUAGUCAUCGUUUACUUUGUCUAUCAUUAUGGACAGUAA